GUGUCCCUGGGAGCCGCAACCAUGGUGGCCUACUGGUGGCAGGCUGGGCUCAGUUACAUCCGGUAUUCUCGGAUCUGUGCCCAUGUUGUUAGAGCAGCAAUGAAGCCUCAGUACAAAGCAGAGGCGGAGAGGGCGGCCGUGGUCAAUGUGAAAACUGUGAAACCCAAGAAGGAAUAAAAUGAACUGAUCUGUGGCAAAUACUCUUUGCAAACU